UUAAUUAUCUGGAUCACAUGUCAAUUAUUUUGUUUGUAUGUUAAUAAUUUUGCAUAUGGAGACGUAUAUACUAAAUCGGUGGAUGACAAAGAAAAAAACAAUUAUAGUAUAAAAAUGGUAUCACGAAUUUAUAUUUGUAGGGUUACAAACAACAAAGAAAUAUCAGAAAAUAAUUUGUCACGGGUCCACCAGUAAAAACUCAGGAAUAUUGAUUAGGCAGAUAACUAACCUCACAUGUUCUUGCUGUACUUGAGUAGUAAAAAAGUUUAUUUCAAUCUAAUAAACUCUACAUUCUCUUCUAACCACAUUUCAUAUUUUUCAUAUUACUAUAAAGACCAAAAAGUAUUUAAAAAUGUAAUAAUUUUUAAAAAGAAAAUUAAAGGCAUUUCCGUGACCCAACCUCACAGGCGGCUCGAAACGACGUCUUCCUCUGUACUUUUGUUUUAUUUUAUUUCCUCAUUUAAUUUUUAUGCUAUGCUUUUGAAUCCGCCGCUAUCUUCAGCAAUUCAAGUUGGACGCAGAAACUCAGAAGAAGAAAAAAAAAGACGAUAAAUAUUCAUCUCUCUCUCUCUCUUCUCUGUUCACCGUUCUUCUUCUUCAGUACAAACCUCCUUCCUCAAGCUCUUAUCUCCUCCUUAGUGACACAACAAGAACCAUACGAGAGGAGAAAAAAGAUUAAAUAAAAGUUGAAGUUGAAGACUUUGUUUCCUCAGCUCUGUUCUUCCUAAACGUUACGAAACAGAGCUCAAUAAGCUAAGAGACAAGACCCGUAAAGUUCGUGGCUUUCAUGGAUUCAAAUCAUCUCUACGACCCGAAUCACAUACCUUCUUCCGGGUCGGGUCUACUUCGUUUUCGUUCAGCACCAAGCUCUGUUCUCGCCGCUUUCGUUGCCGACGACAACAAGAGCGGACUUGACUCCGACAGGUUGAUUUCAAGAUUCGCCAGGUCUAAUGGUCCCAGUGAGUUCGAGGCUAAGUCCCCUGUCACCUCUGUUUCAUACGCCGCCACUCUUCCGCCGCCGCAGCAGCAGCCUGAGCCGUCUAGCUUUCUGGGUUUGCCGCCGCAUUAUCCGAGACAGAGCAAGAGGAUGAUGAACACGAUUGGUUUGGAUCAGUUUCUCAACGAUCAUCACACCAAACCUGUUGAAUCAAACCUUCUCCGGCAAAGCAGCUCGCCGGCGGAGAUGUUCACGAACCCAACUGCUCAAAACGGUUAUGGCUCAGUGAGGAGUUUGAUGAACUACGAAGAAGACGAACAGAGUCCAUCUAGUUCCAGUGAGUUAAGACGCCACAACAGCCUCUCUUCAAGGCCACCUUCUUCUCUAGGAAUGCUCUCUCAGAUACCUGAAAUCGCCUCUGAAAGUAGUUUUCAAUAUAGCCAUUGGAACGAUCCCGCCAGCUUCAUUGAUAACUUAUCAUCUCUCAAAAGAGAAACAGAGGACGACGGCAAAUUGUUCCAGAAUGGAGAGUCUGGGAAUCGAAUGCAGUUACUCUCGCAUCACUUGAGUCUACCUAAUGCAUCAUCUACAGCCUCGGACAUGGUAACAGUGGAUAAGUACAUGCAGCUACAAGACUCUGUUCCUUGUAGGAUUAGAGCCAAACGUGGUUGCGCCACACAUCCUCGAAGCAUUGCUGAACGGGUAAGAAGAACAAAGAUAAGCGAACGAAUGAGGAAACUACAAGAGCUUGUUCCUAAUAUGGACAAGCAAACGAACACUGCGGAUAUGUUGGAUUUAGCAGUGGAUUACAUCAAAGAUUUACAAAGACAGUAUAAGAUUCUGAAUGAGAACAGAGCUAACUGCAAGUGUAUGAACAAGGAGAAGAAUUUGAUAUAGCUUGCAACAAGGUGUGUGUGCGUAUAUAGAACUAAAGAAAGCAAUGAGAGAAAGGAUAAGAAAGAAACAAUGUACUCUUGAAUAUUUUUUAGCCGAAACAUAGCAAAUUGUAAUAAUCAGAAAGCUAGAGAAUCUUUGUUUUUUUGGGUCAAGCUAAUAAUAAAAAUUUCCAUUAUUACAUUAAA